AUGGCCCACAGCGACACCAUCGGCGCAUCCCCACCCCCUCUGACCCGCCAACCCAAGAUCCAUUCUCUUACGGCGACGCUCAGCGACCUAAGACUCGAGAGAUACUACAUAGAAGGUGGUCUUCGACGUGUUGCUCCAUACCACUAUACGUAUAACACGUGGUGCAAGGGGCGGUGGUGGGAUAGGAAGCUCAUUGACGUUUUCUCGAGCGAGUUCAGAGAUCGGCCUUUGGAAUACUAUAAAGCCUGUAUGGAGAGUGGCCAAGUUGCCGUCAACGGUGCCACCGUAGGUCCGGAUUACAUACUCAAAAAUGGCGACCUUGUCUCUCAUACCACUCAUCGCCACGAGCCACCCAUAACCGCCGAGCCCAUUGGUAUCAUCCACGAGGAUGAAGACAUGAUUGUCAUAAACAAACCACCGGGCGUACCCGUGCACCCCGCCGGCCGCUAUCAUUUCAACUCCGUUGUGGAAAUUAUGAAGGCGGAGAGAGGUCCGGACUUUCUACCCCGACCUUGCAAUAGGCUCGACAGGCUGACCAGCGGAAUCAUGUUCAUGGCAAAGAACACGAGGGCAGCCGAGCGCCUGACCCUCCAAAUCUCACAACGGAGUGUCCGAAAGGAAUAUGUCGCUCGCGUCGUCGGCAAGUUUCCUGAUGGAGAUAUUGCUUGUGACCAGCCCAUCCUCUUAAUAUCCCCUAAGCUUGGGUUGAACCGAGUACGUGCAGACGGAAAACCCGCAAGGACAGUAUUCAAGCGCCUGGCUUACUACCCUCCGACGGGCAAGUCAGUUGAAGCACAAAAUGCGGAUGAGCCUGAUCUAUCAGAACACUCAGGGGCUGCAACUGGCGAGAAAAUGCGCGCAAGGCCAGACGAGGGUUAUUCCAUCGUGCGAUGCUUGCCUGUAACUGGCAGGACCCACCAACUGAGAGUCCACCUCCAGUUUCUUGGGCAUCCCAUCCAAAAUGAUCCCAUCUACGCCAACCAGAGAGUGUGGGGUAUUGAUCUUGGAUGCAACGACGCCGAUGCUGUUGAAAACACCGACGAGGAUAUCAUUACGCGCCUCUCGCGGAUGGGAAAGGACGAGGUCGCUGACGCCGUCGCGUACCAUGACGAGAUGGUGGACGAAUACAAUAAGAAAAAGGCGGAGAGAAUGUCGGGGGAAGUUUGCGACGUCUGCGAUACGCCCUUGUAUACCGACCCCGGCGACCAAGAGCUUCUGCUAUGGCUGCAUAGUCGUCGCUAUGAAGAUUCACAGGGCGCUUGGAGCUACACCAGUCCGUUGCCCACCUGGGCCUUGCCACCUAGUGGAAUGACUGGACCUACACAAGUUGGCGGAAUGGAGGAUCUGUUAAAUGCCGCAAGAAACGCCAAUUAUGAAUAA